AUGUUUGAUCAUGAAGCCAUUUGGGACAUGAUAGUGGACUAUCUCGACCUCCUUCAAUACGUCCUUCCUUCGCCCGUAAUCAGCAUGUUGACGUCGAUAAUAUCGCUCGUCUGGGGAAUCUACAAAACCGCCGAAACCGCGCUGAGACCUCUGGUCAACCGCGUGGCGACAGAACCCGACUUCAAAUCGAUCCUCAUCCUCGUUCUGGUCCUCUUCGCCGCCUACAAAAUCUUACAUACGGCAUAUCGCGUGGUGAUAGCAUGGAUCCGGUUGGGGAUCUCGCUGGUGAUGUGGGCUGGGAUAGCGACGGUAUCCCUCUGGAUAUACGCUCGAGGUAUAGACGGCUUCGUCGACGACGUACAAGAGCAAAUGGAGAACUGGUUGCAGUGGGCGAGCGGGUGGCAAUCCCAUGUGUCCGCGCUGCAGAGGCAAAAAGCAGCGCAGCUGAAGAAACAGCAGCGAGCGCAUCGUCGUUAUUACUAGCUGUGUCAGUAUAUGAGUGAAAGCGGGUCCUCGUUCUUUGGUCAGGCGGAUUAGGUCAUGUACGGAGUACCGGGCGGCUUUCUGAUGGACUGAGGUUUGCCUCGCCUUCAAGCGAGACUACAGGUGUUUACGGGAUAUUCCUUAAGCCUAGUGCAUUCCUUGCGGAGUAUCGGUGUCGCCUCAUGUGGUGAAAACAUAUUGGAGUAUAUUAAGGAUUCCAAGGAUGUCGUUGUAAAAAGGUCGCUAUUUCCAUAGAGGUGAUUUCGAAACCAGGUUCCUUUCUCGGACAAUGGCAUUGCGCGCGUACCUGUUUUCGUGCACCUUUGCAGGUAGAAGAUAUCCAUAUACGGUC